GGCUCCUCUCUGGGGAGUGGAGGGUGUUCAGUUAUUAAUGACCGCUGAGCAGGCAGCACCAUGUCAGUGUGACAACUGAUCUGGUGAGCGAUGCACCACUAACCACCAUGGAAACAAGGAGAGGAGAAGCCAGCGAGCAGGAUCUCUCUUCCCUGGAUUGAGAGCGUCAGCCUGCUGCCGGAUAGAGUUCCAGGCAAGAGAAGGAAUCCUAGCUGCAGGCGCCUGCCUCCCUUCAUAUUUUAGAAAAAAAAAAAAAGAGAGAUACCAUCGCCUGCAUGUGUGCAUAUCUAUAGUAUGUGAUUGUGUAGACUUUAGUACACAUACAUAUGCACCUAUUUAUACUGGGGAAAGAAGACAGCCAUGUGAUUAUCUCAGCCGAGGGACUGUGCAAGCAGGGACACGGGAGGAGGGCUAUCCCUGCAGCUGCUAAUUCAAGGAUACAGGCUCCCCUAGACACAGCAGGAGAAAUCAGAUCCAAUCAAUUAGCUGGCAGAAGAAUAAUGCCUCUACGUCUGCAAGUGCUGGACAGCAUGGAAUUUGAAUCUUGGAUUUCUAAAUAAAUGAAUUGCUCCACAUCCUACGACAAUCUUAAAUUCACCGUCUUAGAAGAGUCCAUCAGUACAUUAUCACUGAGGAGACAGCAGCCAUCUUUUCUUCACUAUGUGCGCCAUUCUUGGAAAAUACAUCUGUGGCCCUCACAGUUAUUUCCAUGAAGAAGGCGCCUAUAGCUCCAUGGUGUUCAUCAUUUGACAGAUGCAAGCGUUUCCCUCAUCAGUCAGCUCGUACUGAACUUACUGGCGGUGGCUGGAAUCCUUAAGGGCCUAUUCAACUCCUGAAGACGAAAGCUAAGAUGAAGGACAUGCCACUCCAAAUCCAUGUGCUGUUUGGCCUAGCUUUCACUACAUUAGUACAAGCUGUAGAUAAGAAAGUGGAUUGCCCACAGUUAUGUACAUGUGAAAUCAGACCUUGGUUUACCCCCCGAUCCAUCUACAUGGAAGCAGCUACAGUAGACUGUAAUGAUUUAGGGCUUUUAAACUUCCCAGCCAGAUUGCCUGCAGACACACAGAUUCUGCUCCUCCAGACGAAUAAUAUUGCAAGAAUUGAACAUUCCAUAGACUUCCCAGUGAACCUUACUGGUCUGGACUUAUCUCAAAACAAUUUAUCUUCGAUCACAAAUAUCCAUGUACAAAAGAUGUCUCAGCUUCUUUCUGUGUACCUAGAGGAAAACAAACUAACUGAGCUGCCUGAAAAAUGUCUGGACGGCCUGGGCAACCUACAAGAACUCUACAUUAAUCACAACUUGCUUUCCACCAUUUCGCCUGGAGCCUUUAUUGGCCUACAUAACCUUCUUCGACUUCAUCUCAACUCAAACAGAUUGCAGAUGAUCAACAGUAGGUGGUUUGAUGCCCUUCCUAACCUAGAGAUUCUGAUGAUCGGGGACAACCCCAUCGUCCGAAUCAGAGACAUGAACUUCCAGCCGCUUCUCAAUCUCCGCAGCCUGGUGAUAGCUGGCAUAAACCUCACGGAAAUACCAGAUAAUGCCUUGGUCGGGCUGGAAAACUUGGAAAGCAUCUCUUUUUAUGAUAACAGACUUAUUAAGGUACCCCAAGUUGCUCUUCAAAAAGCAGUAAACCUCAAAUUUUUGGAUCUAAAUAAAAAUCCUAUUAACAGAAUACGGAGGGGUGAUUUUAGCAACAUGCUGCACCUGAAGGAGCUGGGGAUAAACAACAUGCCUGAGCUCGUCUCCAUCGACAGCCUCGCCGUGGAUAACUUGCCAGAUUUAAGAAAAAUAGAAGCUACUAACAACCCCAGACUGUCUUACAUUCACCCCAAUGCAUUUUUCAGACUCCCGAAGCUAGAAUCCCUCAUGUUGAACAGCAACGCCCUCAGUGCCCUCUACCACGGGACGGUAGAGUCUUUGCCAAACCUCAAAGAGAUCAGCAUACACAGCAACCCCAUCCGGUGUGACUGUGUCAUCCGCUGGAUCAACAUGAACAAAACCAACAUCCGAUUCAUGGAGCCAGAUUCUCUGUUCUGUGUGGACCCGCCCGAAUUCCAAGGCCAGAACGUUCGGCAGGUGCACUUCAGGGAUAUGAUGGAAAUUUGCCUCCCUCUCAUAGCUCCCGAGAGCUUUCCCUCUAGCCUGGAUGUAGACGCCGAUAGCUAUGUGUCCCUUCACUGCAGAGCUACUGCAGAACCCCAGCCUGAAAUCUACUGGAUCACACCAUCUGGCCAAAAACUAUUGCCAAAUACUGUGAGAGAGAAGUUUUAUGUUCAUUCUGAGGGCACACUCGACAUCAGUGGCAUAACCCCAAAGGAAGGAGGAUUAUACACUUGCAUAGCAACUAACCUAGUUGGUGCCGACUUGAAGUCUAUUAUGAUCAAAGUGGGAGGUUCUGUUCCUCAGGAUAAUAAUGGCUCACUGAAUAUUAAAAUAAGAGAUAUUCAGGCCAAUUCCGUGCUGGUGUCUUGGAAAGCAAGCUCUAAAAUUCUCAAAUCCAGUGUUAAGUGGACAGCCUUUGUCAAGACUGAAGACUCCCAUGUUGCCCAAAGUGCUCGAAUACCAUCUGAUGUCAAGGUGUACAACCUUACACAUCUGAAACCAUCUACUGAGUAUAAAAUUUGUAUUGAUAUUCCCACCAUCUACCAGAAAAGCAGAAAACAAUGUGUCAAUGUCACCACGAAAAGUUUGGACCGCGAUGGACAAGCAUAUGGAAAGAGUCACGCAGCGUUUAUGGCCUGUCUUGGAGGGCUUUUGGGGAUUAUUGGUGUCAUGUGUCUUCUCAGUUGCAUCUCACAAGAAAUGAACUGUGAGGGAGAACACGGCUAUGCGAGGAAUUACUUUCACAAACCGACUCUGGCAUUCAGUGAGCUUUACCCCCCUCUGAUCAACCUCUGGGAACCAGGCAAAGGAAAAAGCGCACCCUUGGAAGUAAAAGCAACUGUUAUAGGUGUGCCAACGAACAUGUCCUAAAAACAACCAACCAAA